UGUGACCAAUAACACAAGUUGACCACCGUUUCGCUGCGUUAUCUAUAGUUGUUAUCCAGCGAGUGCAUUACAAUGACAUAUACUGGUGUAGUCCUAAUACUGCUGGCACUUUGCGGCAUCGGUAAGUCUGAUAUUCUUUGAUAUCUUUCUAUCUGUUUUUAAAGCUUUAGAUAGCUGACCGUCAGCAGACGAUUUCAAUGAAAAGCAAACCGCUCGCAAUUUGUACCGAUCCGAAUGAUGCAACAAAUCGCCGUCAAUUUUUGACAAAUAGAUUUCAUUUUGCCGUGAGCUUGUCCAAAUUUUGAUCACAAUUGGCGUUAAAAUGUGGAAGGAAUAACAAAGUUGCGCAAAAGCCGCGGAACUCAGUGUAAAGAGACGAAGACUCGACACGGAAAAAGUAAAGACAAAGUCAUUAUUACGGAUAGACAAUAUUCCAUCAAGGAUGAAAUAUUUUUCUCUUCGUAAAUGAGUAAACAAAAGAUAAAAUCGAAAGUGUACUACUACAAACGAAAAUGAAGAAGAAGUCCGACAACAACUUUAUUUCAUGCACUAUUUAGUUUUUUAUCAAUUACAUUAAAUUGAGAUGAGCCCAAGAUCUCGUGACGACGAUGCACAUCUACCAGUAACCCGAUACUAAGCUACUAGCUGCUUGCAAGCUUCGGGAAACAUUUCGUGUACGAUUUGCUAUUGCUGGUAAAUUUCACUAGAUGAUCGCCGUCGCAGAGUUCCGAAACUGAUCUCCGAUUUGUGCAUGGUUCAAACUAACCCACGCUUGAAUUAUACAAAAAUUUGAAUCGUUUAAGCCAUCUAUUGUAGUGUGCACGAUAACCACAUGGUCGUUAAUUUUCAGGAUUUUAUAAAAUAACAGAGAUUACUUUGUGUUACUACAUCAUACUUGGACAGAGUAGAAAUCCUUGCAUGCUUAGAGUUCAAAAGCCACUGUCAAUUACUUGGGCAACAGAUGGCACUCUUUAUCUAUUUCUACUUUCUUUCAAGAACAACAGAAAGGUUUGUAAGUCAUGAGGCGCAGGCGAGUGACUUUGGCUUUGGCUUUUGACCAAUCACUAGUAAUGAAAAAAAAAACAGAAUGCAUUCAAGCAUGAAAUGCAAAGUGUAACACAAUAUUCGUACCAACACAAGUUUGAUAUUAGCUUACGGCGGUAAUAUGACCAUUGCAUGUGUUGGACACAAAGCAACUUUUGCCAUGGCUGUCACUAGCUGAUGCAUAAAGCAAUGCUAUUGUUGUGGUUGGCUGAAGUGUUCCCUCAAUCCCUCAUUUAGAGGGGAAUUUUUAAAUUAACUGAACAAAGUAUACUGUGGUAAAGUUAAAUGUUUUAUGCCUCAGCCUAAAACUAGCUCUCCUUUCUAAUGAGUAAUCAACAUAUUUCCUUGUUAUCAAAUUUUUAAAAUAAUUUAUAUGUUUACUGGGUAACUGGUGGAAAAUAGCAGCAUUCUCACUUGUAAAGAAUAUUUGACUUUCUCUUUGAUAGUUUAGAAUUUCACAGCAGAGUGUUAUGGUAUUUCUAAACAUUCUCUUAAACUUUUAGCUACAUAAAAGAGUAUUCUACUUUUGUGUCAAUGUGGUGAGAAAUUUAUCAGAACUUGUUUGAAAAAAUUGACAAUUUAUGACAGAUAAAAAUCCUGUAACCCUCUGAGGGAUAAAAAUUUAAUUUCUAUCAAUUUCAAUACACCUUCAAACUAGAGAAGUAAAGAGAAAUUAAAAAACUAUCAACUACUGUGAGGUGCUGAGUAAGGAAAAUGAGCUUUAAAAUUCAGAGAGUGCAUGGUUUAAAAAUAAAACUACAAAAAAAUUCUAAAGCAUUCACCAUGUCAAAACUGACAUUUAUUAUGUGGUAUUUUAUGAAUGCAUAAAAUUAAAUUGAAUCAAUGUAAUUACUGUCAUUUCCAUCUAUUUAUCCAGACAGAUUACCCGCAUCAGUCAAUUUUUGCAAUAAUAAGAAAAAAUCUUCAACAGAUUACCUGCACUGGCAGAUAACCUGUACCCAAAAACAAAAGAAAAUCAUUGACUCACUUAAAGUUCCUUCAUUGUUUUUGUUGACAUGAUAUCCUUUAGCGUGGAAUUAAUAAAUUUUCACCCUUUUUGUCUUCAAUGUUUCAUCAAGAAUGAUACCAUUUGUAAAAAUCUGUUCUCAAAACAAAACUGAUAUCUCAAGAUCUAUGAGUUGAAGAAAUUGCUUGAAAUGGGAAAAUACUCUUUAACUCAAGGCAGCACUAGCUAAGAAAAUUUCACUGAUACAUCAAAAAUUCUGUCGUGCAUUUAUUAUGCAGUGCCACAAAAUGAACAUGUCAGCAUCAUUUUCAGUGUGGAUUGCUAUGAAGCGAGCUUUUUCACAAUUAAAUUCUUUUAUUUUGGAGUUCACUACCUGUGUAUGUGAGAACUGUUUUUUGAACUUAACAAGGAAACAAGCUGUGAAAUUGACAACUGAAGGUAACAAAGUAAGAGUACAAACAAGAUAAAAGUUUUGCUAUCAAGUUUUGUAUGUUUUCGAUUUGCAUCAGCUUUCAUCGAGAGAAUAUAAGUCUCUAAAUAUAAUGAGCAGUCUGCAUGAAUUACAGUCAAGUUGCCGACGGUUCAACUCGCCAACAUCAACUUGCCGACAUAUAAAAUCGAGUAGAGAUGCAGGCGAGUAGGUCUUCAAUCCAGUACAACUUAUUAAAAGUUAAACAUACAGAAAAGUAAAAGAUAUUUAGUGGAGAAACAAUUUUGUUUUCUUCCAACGAAGUUUUUUAAAGAUCUCAUGGCAAAUAAAGCAAGGUAAACAUCGCCAAUGAAUAUAAAAGCUUCAGACGCGAAUGAGUUAUAGUUCAUCUGCACAAAACAAAUGAGUUAUUGCACAGGUCUUUUGAAAAGUAUUUUUAGAGUAUCUUACCAUCUCUGUUAUUUCCUUCAUGUAAUUUUAAAACUAUACCAGAAGCUUUAAGAAUUUUCAUAUUACCCACACCUUCCUAAACAUGGUAUUUUGCAUUCAGUGAGAACAUGUUAUUUAUGACAUGAAUACAAAUGCAUUGUUUAACUUACAGCAUGUGGUUAUAAUCGUCCAUCAAAAAGCCCUACUUCUACUAAUGGAACUACACAUAGUACUGGACCUUCCACUAAUGGUACCUCCAAACCCCAAACCACCCCAACUUUAAGCACUGCAGCCUCUUCAAAAACACCUAAUGUAACUGUUGCACCAAACACCACAGCCACACCAGGAAAUUCCACAGCUGCACCAGGAAAUUCCACAGCUGCACCAGGAAAUUCCACCGCUGCACCAAGAAAUUCCACAACAAGACCAACCACAAUAACAAACGUUCCCUCAAGCAAACCUGGAAAUCACAGUUCAAAUCCAAAUGUUACUCCAACACCAAAAGGUAUUAAUAAUCGUUUAUAGGACUUAGGACCAGUCAAUCAUUCUUCAAAACCAUUAAUUACCUUAUUGCAAUUAUGGAGAAGUUUGGUCUAGAAACUCUGUAAUUGAAAAGGAAAUAUAAUAAAGUUUGCCUCACUGCAAUGUGAAAUUUCACUAGUGAAUUUGAACCUCUUCCUCUCUUAGAAUUUUGUGGUUCAAAUUCUUAUUCCCCAAACUUUUUGAAUUGGUUAUUAAUACAUGAAUCCUGUAAAUGAUUAAUCUACUGACAUCACCAAGUAAUCAAUGUGUAAGUUGUCCAUUUAAUUUAGGGCACAUUUCAAUUGAGUGUUGUUAAACCCAAACUAAAGUAAUCACAAUGGUCAGUCAGAUUAAAAGAAAAUGUUUAACAGGGAGCCAAAUAGAUUUUAGAGCAAAAACUUGCAAAAUGCCUAAAGUGCUGAAAAACACAAAUGACCAAGGUAGAAUUGGUUAUAGUUUUGAAUCUGAUUGGUUGAGACCAAAGUGUGUAUUUUGGGGACAAUUCACUGCAAAGUAAAGCAAAAACAAAACAAUCCUAGAUUUCUUUCAGCACCCAAUAAAAACUUGCUUCAAAUACAUUUUUUAUUAUGUUGAUGAAGAGGAUCACAAAAACUAUUGCCCAGGUCCCAGUUGUUCGAAGUUUGGAUAAUGCUCUCCACCAGAUAAAUCAUUAUCCACUGGAUAAGUGCAAACAAAACAUAAUGUACAUUCCAACAGAUAGAGAUUUAUCCAGUGGAUAUAGCAUCAUCCACCUUUCGAACAAAUGGAGCCAGAUGAUUUAUUUGGUUAACCGGCAAAGGAAUGUGUAGCAUUAUCAGGGGAGAAUUACUCAAUGAUUCAGAUAUUGGCAGCUAGAGGGUUUAAUAGUGAUGAUUUUAUUUGUGCUCAUUUUUUCAGGACAUGGUGGCAAGAAAUCAGACCAAGGCAAGUGGGUGGCUACAGGAUUUGCCAUUGUGUUCUUCCUUACAACUGUCAUAAUGACAGUGCUGUAUUGUCGACAGCGCAGAAUUUACCGAGAACUUGAGGGUGACAGCUCCUUGUCAAGGCUGAUUUGA